AUGUCUACCAACAUUCUCGUCCAAACGACUCUGGUGGACGACCAGUUCUUGCUUAUGCUGGCUUUACCGUUUGACAUUGUGCUCAAAAUCUUUCUCUACCUUCCCAAAAAUUUAGUGCUAACGUUAUUACGUCCUCAACCGGAUCACCCACAUACGGGAAUUGUACGACGGCCGGUAAACGCCCAAAUCAAACGAUGGCUCUUCAGUCAUAUUUACGUGCACGACUCGAUGUUUCGCCCCGUUCUAAAUUGGCACAAUGAAGAGUUACAACAAUGGUUAGUUCUCUCCAAAGCUCAACUAGAACACCUCAACUUCAGUGGUUUUGAAUGGCCCUCGUGCCAAAUGCUUACAACCGAAGGAGUGUUUGUUCGCUGGCAUGGGCGUGUUUCCAGAAUAUCUACGACCAGUCUGACACGGGGUUGGGUGACAACUACUUUCUCACAAAUUCCGUGGGCAAUCAACCCAAACAUGAUUCCUUCAGAUACGGGUCUCCAUUUGACUCGUCUUGCAUUGAUUGGGUAUAACGUCAUUCUAACGACGCCCGAGGUGAAACAUCGGGUGGAUAGCUUACAACUUGAAGGGAGACACCCCGGUAUUGCUCAUGUAAUUGAUCUCAGUUCUGUGAAACAGUUGACGGUACUCACAUUAACGGGCGAGGUGUUUGAUCAUGCCGGUGAGUUUACUCUGCUAACAGACUUAUUUGUGCUCAUCGACGCUCACAACGUUACGGCGUUCUCAGCUACCGUACGGCGCCUAGUUUUAGUGACUGGGAGACUGGAUGUCAACCGUGCUGCCAGCCUUGCUGCCAAUUUUAAGUUACUCACCUAUUGUGAGUUAACAAGAACAGUAAUGUCAUUCAACUGGCCCCGGAUUUUGUUUGAUCACGAAUCUGUUCGUGAUCAUCUUGUGUCAGCAAACCCGCUUUACCUUUACAAUUCUGCUACUGAGUUUCAGCAGCAAGGAUUUGAUAUGCUUGAUAUGUUGGUAUUGCAUAAGCGUUAUCUUAAGGUUGUACGACGCGAUGGUGAAUGGGUUGAUACUCAAGAUCUCAGUACCGGACGUAUGUUACUGGAGUACUCGAUUUAA